AUGGCAUAUUUGCUUCUAUAUGUUGAUGAUAUUAUAUUAGCUACCUCUUCUGAUAGGUUGCGUGAGAGGUUCAUAUCUCAAUUACAAACUAAGUUUCCUAUGUCUGAUUUGGAUCCUCUGAGUUAUUUUCUAGGGAUUGCGGUGACCCCAACUCCAAUUGACACUAAGUCCAAACCUAGUGCAAAUGCAAGACCACCUUUUUGGGAUCCUACUUUGUAUUGUAGUUUAGCAGAUGCUCUUCAAUAUCUCACUUUCACUAGGCCAGAUGUUACCUAUACGGUACAACAGGUGUGUCUAUUUAUGCAUGAUUCCCGGGAAUCUCAAUAUGAUGCUUUGAAACGCAUUUUGCGUUAUAUUCAAGGUACCAUUGAUCAUGGCUUACAUUUAUAUCCGUUUGCUUCUCAUCGUUUGAUUACUUAUACUGACGCUGACUGGGGAGGUUGUCCCUAUACCCGUCGUUCACAUUGUGUUAUUGCUGCUUCCUUGGGGACAACCUCGUUUCUUGGUCAUCUAAGCGUCAACAUAUUUUGUCUUAAUCGAUUGCAAGAAUCAGAAUAUCGAGGCGUCGCAAAUGCGGUCUCUGAGGCAUGUUGGCUUCAUAAUCUUUUACUUGAGUUACAUUGUCCUCUUCGACAGACUACUAUUGUUUAUUGUGACAAUGUCAUCGCUAUCUACCUUUCUGGCAACCCGAUACAACACCAACGCACCAAGCAUGUGGAGAUGGAUAUUCAUUUUGUUCAAGAAAAGGUUGUUUUGAGACAAGUUCGGGUUCUCCAUGUUCCCUUUAGAUAUUAG